UAUGUCUCAUCAAACUCCAAAUAGAUUUCAUCUCCCUUCAAUCGUUUCAAAAGAGGUUUCACCAACAAAAGACACAACAACCAAAAGAACCCUGAGACCAUCUCUUUUUUUAAAUUAACUUGAUGUCCUUCCUUAUUCUCUAAAGACAGAGGGAGAAAUUACAGAUAGAAAUAAUGGAAAUAAAAUGUAUACCUAAUUUGAAAGUGAUCCACUAAUCGAAAUUCCUUAUCAUUUUCAUUUACCUAAAAUAGUCACAACCAGACCUAAAAGAUUUUAGAGAUCGUUACCAGAAAUUCCUAUCAUUGUUUAAGAGUCACGAAAUGCAACUCCUGAUGAAUUUGAAAGACACUAAAAAAGAACUAAGUUAUUUCUUAAAAGAUAAGAUUCAAAAAUAUUGGCACCAGUAACAAAAUUCUAAAGAAAAAAAGUGGAAUUUAAGAAAUCUUUAAUUGUGAUUGAUAUUGAAACUGGAAAUUAAGAUAAGUAAGACAUCUCUGAGACUCAAAAACCACUAAGAAGAAUAGCCCAUUAAAAGACUAAAUCAUUUCAAAUAAGAAAUGAAUGA